GCACGAGCAGGAAGCUGGCCCCAGCCUUGGGGUGUCUGGGCUCCCGUCACAAGCACAGCCUCCCCGACCUGCCGUACGACUACGGCGCCCUGGAGCCUCACAUCAACGCUCAGAUCAUGCAGCUGCACCACUGCAAGCACCACGCGGCCUACGUGAACAACCUGAACGUCACCGAGGAGAAGUACCAGGAGGCGCUGGCCAAGGGAGAUGUUACAACUCAGAUUGCUCUUCAGCCUGCACUGAAGUUCAAUGGUGGAGGUCAUAUCAAUCAUAGUAUUUUCUGGACAAACCUGAGCCCUAAUGGUGGUGGAGAACCCAAAGGAGAGUUGCUGGAAGCCAUCAAACGUGACUUCGGUUCCUUUGAAAAAUUUAAGGAGAAGCUGACAACUGUAUCUGUUGGCGUCCAAGGAUCAGGUUGGGGUUGGCUUGGUUUCAACAAGGAACAGGGACGCUUGCAGAUUGCUGCUUGUUCUAAUCAGGAUCCAUUGCAAGGAACAACAGGCCUUAUUCCACUGCUGGGGAUUGAUGUAUGGGAGCAUGCAUAUUACCUUCAGUACAAAAAUGUCAGACCUGAUUAUCUAAAAGCCAUCUGGAAUGUCAUCAACUGGGAGAAUGUAACUGAAAGAUACAGGGCUUGCAAAAAGUAAAAUGUUACACUGAGUACGUGGAGCUCUUUACGACCAUUUUUGUAGGAGCGUAGGGUGCUGCCGUGUACCAAUGAGCUGCUGUGUUGUAGCUUUUCCUGCUGUUGCUUAUUCACAUAUUUGAUAAACAGAACUUAAGGUUAUGAGUAACUUUUUGUUUUGAAAUUUUGUUAUUGUUCAAUUAUUUGAAAAUAGUAAAUGCUUGAGUGAUUUAA